AAGAAGGGGAAGCCUCUCAGGAAGCAUGUGCAGGGUUUAUGGUGAUGAGCAGACCAGCAGGCAAUGGGAAAAUAGUAAGAGGCAGACCAACAGUGAUCCAGGGCUCUGAAAGCUAAUUGCUUCAAGAUCCUGCUACCAUUUUCUUUUGGGCUGCUUGCAAAGAAGAAUCCUUUGACUGAAGCAUAAUGGAAGUGAGGAAAGGCAACCAGCUGACACAGGAGCCAGAGUGAGACCAGCAGACUCUCACACUCAACCUACACCAUGAAUUUGUGUCUAUCUUCUACGCGUUAAGAGCCGAGGACAGGUGAAGUUGCCAGAGAGCAAUGGCUCUCUUCACUCCGUGGAAAUUGUCCUCUCAGAAGCUGGGCUUUUUCCUGGUGACUUUUGGCUUCAUUUGGGGUAUGAUGCUUCUGCACUUUACCAUCCAGCAGCGAACUCAGCCUGAAAGCAGCUCCAUGCUGCGCGAGCAGAUCCUGGACCUCAGCAAAAGGUACAUCAAGGCACUGGCAGAAGAAAACAGGAAUGUGGUGGAUGGGCCGUACGCUGGAGUCAUGACAGCUUAUGAUCUGAAGAAAACCCUUGCUGUGUUAUUAGAUAACAUUUUGCAGCGCAUUGGCAAGUUGGAGUCGAAGGUGGACAAUCUUGUUGUCAAUGGCACCGGAACAAACUCAACCAACUCCACUACAGCUGUUCCCAGCUUGGUUGCACUUGAGAAAAUUAAUGUGGCAGAUAUCAUUAACGGAGCUCAAGAAAAAUGUGUAUUGCCUCCUAUGGACGGCUACCCUCACUGUGAGGGAAAGAUCAAGUGGAUGAAAGACAUGUGGCGUUCAGAUCCCUGCUACGCAGACUAUGGAGUGGAUGGAUCCACCUGCUCUUUUUUUAUUUACCUCAGUGAGGUUGAAAAUUGGUGUCCUCAUUUACCUUGGAGAGCAAAAAAUCCCUACGAAGAAGCUGAUCAUAAUUCAUUGGCGGAAAUUCGUACAGAUUUUAAUAUUCUCUACAGUAUGAUGAAAAAGCAUGAAGAAUUCCGGUGGAUGAGACUACGGAUCCGGCGAAUGGCUGACGCAUGGAUCCAAGCAAUCAAGUCCCUGGCAGAAAAGCAGAACCUUGAAAAGAGAAAGCGGAAGAAAGUCCUCGUUCACCUGGGACUCCUGACCAAGGAAUCUGGAUUUAAGAUUGCAGAGACAGCUUUCAGUGGUGGCCCUCUUGGUGAAUUAGUUCAGUGGAGUGAUUUAAUUACAUCUCUGUACUUACUGGGCCAUGACAUUAGGAUUUCAGCUUCACUGGCUGAGCUCAAGGAAAUCAUGAAGAAGGUUGUAGGAAACCGAUCUGGCUGCCCAACUGUAGGAGACAGAAUUGUUGAGCUCAUUUACAUUGAUAUUGUAGGACUUGCUCAAUUCAAGAAAACUCUUGGACCAUCCUGGGUUCAUUACCAGUGCAUGCUCCGAGUCCUUGAUUCAUUUGGUACUGAACCCGAAUUUAAUCAUGCAAAUUAUGCCCAAUCGAAAGGCCACAAGACCCCUUGGGGAAAAUGGAAUCUGAACCCUCAGCAGUUUUAUACCAUGUUCCCUCAUACCCCAGACAACAGCUUUCUGGGGUUUGUGGUUGAGCAGCACCUGAACUCCAGUGAUAUCCACCACAUUAAUGAAAUCAAAAGGCAGAACCAGUCCCUUGUGUAUGGCAAAGUGGAUAGCUUCUGGAAGAAUAAGAAGAUCUACUUGGACAUUAUUCACACAUACAUGGAAGUGCAUGCAACUGUUUAUGGCUCCAGCACAAAGAAUAUUCCCAGUUACGUGAAAAACCAUGGUAUCCUCAGUGGACGGGACCUGCAGUUCCUUCUUCGAGAAACCAAGUUGUUUGUUGGACUUGGGUUCCCUUACGAGGGCCCAGCUCCCCUGGAAGCUAUCGCAAAUGGAUGUGCUUUUCUGAAUCCCAAGUUCAACCCACCCAAAAGCAGCAAAAACACAGACUUUUUCAUUGGCAAGCCAACUCUGAGAGAGCUGACAUCCCAGCAUCCUUACGCUGAAGUUUUCAUCGGGCGGCCACAUGUGUGGACUGUUGACCUCAACAAUCAGGAGGAAGUAGAGGAUGCAGUGAAAGCAAUUUUAAAUCAGAAGAUUGAGCCAUACAUGCCAUAUGAAUUUACGUGCGAGGGGAUGCUACAGAGAAUCAAUGCUUUCAUUGAAAAACAGGACUUCUGCCAUGGGCAAGUGAUGUGGCCACCCCUCAGCGCCCUACAGGUCAAGCUUGCUGAGCCCGGGCAGUCCUGCAAGCAGGUGUGCCAGGAGAGCCAGCUCAUCUGCGAGCCUUCUUUCUUCCAGCACCUCAACAAGGACAAAGACAUGCUGAAGUACAAGGUGACCUGCCAAAGCUCAGAGCUGGCCAAGGACAUCCUGGUGCCCUCCUUUGACCCUAAGAAUAAGCACUGUGUGUUUCAAGGUGACCUCCUGCUCUUCAGCUGUGCAGGCGCCCACCCCAGGCACCAGAGGGUCUGCCCCUGCCGGGACUUCAUCAAGGGCCAGGUGGCUCUCUGCAAAGACUGCCUAUAGCAGCUACCUGCUCAGCCCUGCACCAUGCUGCUGGGGAAGACAGUGGCCCCAGCCCCGUCAGGCAGGGCCAGGGACAGAAGUCAUGCAGGGACUCUGGCAAGAGCCUGAACUUUUUCGUAGAAGGUUCUGAUUUGGCAUUGACCUUCCUGCACUCCGAGCAACCCAGUGGAGUCUUCACCAAAACAAAACAAGAGCGUAUGUCAGGCCAGGAGCCUGGCUUGUCCCUGGCACAACAUCAUUUCUGUUUCUCAAGGAGCAACUGUGGGAAGACUGUCACUGCAGCUGCUCCAGGGCAAAAGAAAGUCUCAAGAGUCCUUUAAAACAAAACAGGAGGAAUUGAGCUGAUGGGAAAGAACUCUGAAUGGGAACAUUCCUAAACCCAUUAACUUAUUUAUUCGGGUGGGAGGGAGGGGACCGCGGGAGGGAGAGGAGGGAUUGAUCACAGGCUUCUUUUAUUUCCACUGUUAAUCAUCCACCUUCACUAUACUGUUGUUCUGUCUGCUUUGGGCAGGGUGCAGGAGAGAGACCGUGUGCCGUGGGGCUGGUGGCCUGCUCAGGGACAGCCAUGGGGACCUGGCAGCUCAAAACGGAUGGCAGCAGAACAAAAGAAACUUUUGCUUUGGAAGCACAGCCAAACUCCCCAGGGCAUCGUCAUAGAUGGCACCUAGAGCAUGGGCUGCCUCAGUCAGGGGGACGUGCCUGUGUUGUCCAGAGAGCCCAGCCAGGGACGAAAAAGGAGAUGAGGCCCCUUUCCUCCAUGUCCCCAUGCCCAGACACAUACCUUGGCCAUAAUUUCUUUUAGAAUCCCUUUGGGAAGGAAAUACAGGAUUGAGGGAUUUUGGAGUUUCUGGUAAACUCACCCUCCCUCCAGCCCCGCUAUGAGGAGGAAAGUAGAGAUGAAAGACUCACGCUGUUCAUGGACUUGAAGAGGAUUAUCUUUGAGCCAAGAUUUGGACAGGAGUGAAGUCGGUCCUUAAGAAUUUGUGGCACGACCGGAGCUGGGCUCCUGACAGGUGGGCUUGUGUUGUGUCCCCUCUGAUGGCACCAAAGUCCAGGGAAGGGGGCUCUUGAUGUCUGCUGGGGGAGUGGGGGCAGCUCAGGAUGAAUGCAGUGCCCUGUCCUGGCUACUCACCUGAGGGUGUAGCUCGCAAAGGUGGGAAUCUGGUGCUGGCUUUUCCUUCAGGCAGGAUCACUCUGACUUGUUGAGUAAUCAGUCAUCAGGUUGGCCUGGUCAGACACACUGGACCCCACCUUCCAAACCCUGGACCCCCCAUGCUCUGCCUUUGUGUAAGUUCCCACCCCACUGAAUCAUUGCUGCCAUGCUCUGUACAAGUUUGUAAGUUUCUGAAAAGCCCCUGACAUCUCCAUGCUGAUGCAAGUGAGACCCCUUCUGCCUAAUGUGAGCGGUUGGCGUCCUCCACUUGGCCCCUGCUGGGCGCCUCAGUCGCUCAAUGAUGUGCUCUGUGCCGGGGCUUCCAAGCACCCUUCCUGCUAACAGAGGGCGGCCCAGUGGAGCCUCCGCUGGGCAGAACUGAUGGGCAAGGCAUAAUGGCUGGUAGCUUUCAGAAUGUGAGGGAAAGGAAGAAUUCCGCUUCAUGGGGACUAGAGUUAGUGUGGGGCCUUUAAGUCUGGGAAGUUACAUUCUGCUUCUUUCUCAGUUGCUACACAAAUGUGCAGCCAGCCUUUUUUCUUAGGCCCACUGAGAUCCCUGCUCAGUGGGUCUCAAUUGUAUCUCCAGUCUAAGAGGAGGGUGGGGGGCACCCGGGGCCUCCUCCACUCCUUAGGUGGCCCCCGAGCACAUCUGCCAGGGAGAGUACCAUGGGGAGGCCUCUGCCCUGAGCAUCAUCACAGGGGCGCCUCCAGACCUGGCUGAGAAUAGCCUCUGCUUGGGCCUAGGAAGAAGGGCAGAAGUCCAAAGGAAACCUUGGUGAGUGUGUGUGUGUGUGUGUGUGUGUGUGUGUGUGUGUGUGUGUAUGAGCCUGUGCAUUUCUUUAAGUUUAAAGCAAGGGCAGUUUCCUGCAGUAGGAGGGCAGAUGACUGGCAUCCUUGCUGUAAGGAAGAGCUUUUUCCUUGUGAAUGGGCCUCUUGGCUGUACCCUAGGGUGUGGGAAUUUGCUAGAGUUCCCUGACCUGCAAUCCCUGGGCCAGUGCCGCCCUCUCCUGGGCUCUUCCAGGAGCAUUGAACACUGAGGAUGUCAAUGCAAGUAUCUGACCAACAGGGGGAGCCUGCAGGCCGAGCAAAGUUUAACCCACUUAGCCACUGCUACUUAAGCAAGGAAGCUGAAAGGUAACCUUAGCCCUGCCUUGUGUUCCAAAAGCUGCAAGGAUCAUUUGCUGGCUGUCCCUAAGUUCAAGGCCUCCCUACCUUCCCCUUCUUUUCCAAGUCACGACCCGCCCUCCCCGGGCCAGACAGCCCAGAAGAACACUUUUCUGCCAUUUAAAAAUCCCUCUUUCAUCCCCCCCAGUCCAGUAUUGAGUGGAAGUGCGCCGGAGUUCCACUGACAGGGCAGCUGCUCUUGGAGCAAACAAGCCCACACUCCAGUUGUUUAGGGCAUUAUCUGAAGAGUCAGUGACCCCUGAAUGUGUACUGGCUCCCAGGCCUCCUCAGACUUGGCCCAGGUCUAGUCAGUGAUCCUGGAGAGGAAACUGGGGAGGGGGCUUCCAACUGCCCUGCAUGGAAGAGGAGAGGAAGGUGCCCCUGUGUGGGCUGGAAGCCUGCGGAGGUUUUGCCAUUGCUGAUCUUGAUAGAAUCCUAAACCGAUUUAUAGCCGAUAACAGUUCCAUGGGGAGAGAAAUCCUAAGUUAUGAUUAAUGUUUUUCCCCGCUAUAGUAUCUUGCCUGUUUUUUUGGAUUAUUUUCCCCAUUGUGAUCCUAAGCUCUUAAAAAACUUGAGGGAAAACAUUUAUCUAAUUUACUAAAAGAGAAAGCUUUCCAUUGAAAGGUAGAUACUUUGAGGAGUAAAAAGACUUCUUUGAAUGCUGGUAAACACCUCAUUUAUUUUGUGUAUGCAGUUUGAUUUGCACAUGUAUAAAUGGAGAUGCCUUUCAUUUUUGUUUGGACUGGGUUUGUGUCACUGCUCAUUACAGUUUGCUUUUUUGUGUGUUUGCUGUGCGUUUGGAGAUAUUAGUCAGUUUCUUUGGUGAUAUUUGUUUCCUUGAUGUGCCUUUUCGCUUUUCUUUGGGGUUUUUGGAAUCCGGAUGCUGUUGAAGGGCAAUAGCAGACUCCUCCAGCUAAGAGACAGGACAUGUUCUUGAGCCACUGUAGCUGUUCAAGCUGGACACCAGAAGCUCCCUAUAACCCCCCCGCCAGGCCAUAGCGUGUAUGCCUGUGCACUUCCACCCACAGAGGAGGGUGUGAAGCCUUGAGAACCUCAAGAAAGGGCUGGAUUCUGCCAUACCUUUGGGUCUACCUUGGGACUGCUGGUUGCCAGUGUGUCAACCAGCCUAUGUUCCCUGCCACCCACGCACUUGCUGAGGUGUGGCUGAGGCAGAAUCAUGUGAGUGGGUGCAUCCAAGGAGUUCAGGGCCCUGCUUGGAGAAGAAAUACUUUAGCAUCAUGAAAGGGAAAGAACGUGCACCCCUUUUUUGUUUCUUUAGUGAAUGCAAGAUUUAAUAAAAGUGAAUAAUGAGCUUCCCCUUUGGGAGUGGAGCCCAGUUCAGCUCACUGACAGGGUUGACAUCAGUAUGAUGUGUUGGACUGAAACUGUAUGUCUGUAGGUAGGCGUGUGCCUUUUAGGGCAGACCACGGUGGCCACCCCAUUUCUCCAAGGUGGUUUACCUAGCUUGUGUAUAUAAUUAGACAUUGCCACCCUCACCUCUGGCCAAAAAUUCUUGAUUUAAAAAGAAAAGUCUAUUUUGUUAACGACAGGCUCUGUUGUAUGUGUUACUAUCCCAAGCCUGGAUUAUUUUAUUUAUUUAAAAGUAUUUUAAUUUCCAUAUUGGCUUUAUUCUAAUCCCAUCCAUCCCUGUGGGGCUGCAGAGCAUCUUCAUGUGAGUAGAUGGAUGGACAUAAAUAGAUUCAUGCUCAUUUAGGAAGCUGGGAGUUUCGUGAAGCUGAGGGUGAGUUCCUGUGAUUCUUGUUGGCUUCAACAAAAAGUGGGAGACCAAGUUUUUAUAGCAAAAGACCAAAUUAGCUGUAGAGUCUUGAAUGCAGAAAAAAAUUACCCUAGCUUUCUUAGCACUUAGGGUUUUGUGAGGAUUCAGUGUUUAGCACAGUGCUUGGCACAUAGUAAGCCCUAGUAAAUGUUAAAUAUUGUUAUUAGUGUUUCGUAAAACUUGAGAAAUAGAGCUGAGCUCAUUCCCUUCCUGUUGAUUCAAAAAUAAUACCUACAUGAAAACAUGAUUCCAAGUUGAUUGAAUGUUGUAGGAAUUACUGGUUUAGAGUAGCCCAGUUCUCGGCCUACCCUGCUGGUUGGGAUCUUACUGUAUUCUUGAAUGCACUGGUUUGAAAAUAUGCCAGACUUCAGCCCCCAAGGAAACAAGGCUGCAAGAAUUUAUGAACUCCAGCUGGAAAGGGUAAAGGUGACCUUUGGCUAGCCACAUAGUGGACCUUACCCCACUGAUGUCUUUCAGAACAUUCCAAGGGUUUUCCUCAAGGAACAUUUUUGAGCUAGAAAUUAAAAUGGGUUCUCUGGCAGACUGCACCCCUUGAGUGAAAGUUAACAGUAUUCCUUUGAAUGCAAUAAUAGAGGCUUUUCUGCGUUAAGGGGGAAGGAAUGACCAAUUGAACUUACACAUUCCCCAGGCAGGUCCCUUUGCCGGCCCCUACAGGCUGGGGUGGCCCCUCCUGUCCUCAGGGAUCGGACUCCCAGACUGGUUAGUUCUGCAUGUUUCCAUCAAAUUAAAGGUUAUUCCCUGGCCUCCUCCUGGAGAAAACCAACCCCACCCUGCCAGCUGGGGGCAAUGGGGCAGGGAUUUUGGCCUCUCAGAACAGCUCCUAGAGGCUGCUCAUGACUGAAUGUUUUCCCAAAUCACCUAAAUAUCGGUUUGCUUUUUGUUUUGGGGGAGAGGAUUUAGCCUCUUACUUCCCUGGUGGAUUCAAAGUUUUAUCUCCUUAUCUCCUGCCCUGUCUUGGCACAACUCUGGAUAGAUUGCAGGUGUGGAAUUUGCUGGAGUUUGGUGUCUUUUUCAAAUUCCUUUGGAUUCUGUUCCGCCAAAUCAGCAGUCUCGUCCUGUGGAUGCAGUGACUGGAAUUUCCCAUCUGCAAAGCAUCUCUCUAGCCCAGAUUUUGUGGAGCCUUAAGACACUCCCUCAAUGCCACCCUGACCCCACGGCUGGAGAACCCUGUGCUUAUGUGGUGGGCAGGGCCACUGUUGAUGGAGGAUGGCGGGGACGGGGUGGUGCUCAAAGGAUCUGUGGUGCUGGAGGGCUAAACGCCUCUCAGGACAGCAUGUCAGGAACCUCAGAGCAGCUUCACGUCUGCCAAAGCUGAGAGGGAGCGAACUUGGGAAGCAUUUUGCUCAUUGUCCUACCCAAGUUUUAAUAGCAUAAUAGUUGAUGCCAAAGGAGAUGGUGACGUCCCUUCCACUGUAGUUGCUGUCACAACCUUGACGUCUUUAAGCUAAUGGCCGUUUGCAUCUGUGUCUUCAAACAGAUCCUGGUUACAGCCAUUUUGUGUGAUUCACUUCGGGGGUUAAGUAAUGCAGGAUUCUGCAAACAAGGUGUCACCGUCCAAAUGUACCGUCCUGGUAUGGAGAGCACUGCUUUGUUUUCCACUGUUGUAGAGAAAACUAGGGAGAACUUUAUUUUUCAAUAAACUUUUCUUGUGUGA